UUACAUUAAGUGCAAGAGAGGGAUCCCAAAGCUCACAGAUUUCUGGGUCUUCUUUAUGAAUUGGAAGAAAACACAGACAAAGCCGUUGAAUGUUACAGGCGUUCAGUGGAAUUAAACCCAACACAAAAAGAUCUUGUGUUGAAGAUUGCAGAUUGCUUUGUAAAAAUGAUGUACUGAUGGAAGAGCAAAAUACUGGGUUGAGAGAGCAGCUAAACUUUUCCCAGGAAGUCCUGCAAUUUAUAAACUAAAGAAGUCAAUGAAAGGAUUCUAUUUUGCAAAGCUGUAUUAUGAAGCUAAAGAAUAUGAUCUUGCUAAAAAAUACAUAUGUACUUACAUUAACGUGCAAGAGAGGGAUCCCAAAGCUCACAGAUUUCUGGGUCUUCUUUAUGAAUUGGAAGAAAACACAGACAAAGCCGUUGAAUGUUACAGGCGUUCAGUGGAAUUAAACCCAACACAAAAAGAUCUUGUGUUGAAGAUUGCAGAGUUGCUUUGUAAAAAUGAUGUCACUGAUGGAAGAGCAAAAUACUGGGUUGAGAGAGCAGCUAAACUUUUCCCAGGAAGUCCUGCAAUUUAUAAACUAAAGGAACAGCUUCUAGAUUGUGAAGGUGAAGAUGGAUGGAAUAAACUUUUUGACUUGAUUCAGUCAGAACUUUAUGUAAGACCUGAUGACGUCCAUGUGAACAUCCGGCUAGUGGAGUUGUAUCGCUCAAAUAAAAGAUUGAAGGAUGCUGUGGCCCACUGCCAUGAGGCAGAGAAGAACAUAGCUUUGCGUUCAAGUUUAGAAUGGAAUUCAUGUGUUGUACAGACCCUUAAGGAAUAUCUGGAGUCUUUACAGUGUUUGGAGUCUGAUAAAAGUGACUGGCGAGCAACCAAUACAGACUUACUGCUGGCCUAUGCUAAUCUUACACUUCUUACGCUUUCCACUAGAGAUGUGCAGGAAAGUAGAGAAUUACUGGAAAGUUUUGAUAGUGCUCUUCAGUCUGUGAAAUCUUUGGGUGGAAAUGAUGAACUGUCAGCUACUUUCUUAGAAAUGAAAGGACAUUUCUACAUGCAUGCUGGUUCUCUGCUUUUGAAGAUGGGUCAGCAUAGUAAUGUUCAAUGGCGAGCUCUUUCUGAGCUGGCUGCAUUGUGCUAUCUCAUAGCAUUUCAGGUUCCAAGACCAAAGAUUAAAUUAAUAAAAGGAGAAGCUGGACAAAAUCUGCUGGAAAUGAUGGCCUGUGACCGACUGAGCCAAUCAGGGCACAUGUUGCUAAACUUAAGUCAUGGCAAGCAAGAUUUUUUAAAAGAGGUUGUUGAAUAUUUUGCCAACAAAAGCGGGCAGUCUGCAUUAUAUGAUGCUCUGUUUUCUAGUCAGUCACCUAAGGAUACAUCUUUUCUUGGUAGUGAUGAUAUUGGAAACAUUGAUGUACAAGAACCAGAGCUUGAAGAUUUGGCUAGAUACGAUGUUGGUGCUAUUCGAGCACAUAAUGGUAGUCUUCAGCACCUUACUUGGCUUGGCUUACAGUGGAAUUCAUUGCCUGCUUUACCUGGAAUCCGAAAAUGGCUAAAACGGCUUUUCCAUCAUCUGCCCCAGGAAACCUCAAGGCUUGAAACAAAUGCACCUGAAUCAAUAUGUAUUUUAGAUCUUGAAGUAUUUCUCCUUGGAGUAGUAUAUACCAGCCACUUACAAUUAAAGGAGAAAUGUAAUUCUCACCACAGCUCCUAUCAACCAUUAUGCCUGCCCCUUCCUGUGUGUAAACAGCUUUGUACAGAAAGACAAAAAUCGUGGUGGGAUGCGGUUUGUACUCUGAUUCACAGAAAAGCAGUACCUGGAAACUCAGCAAAAUUGAGACUUCUAGUUCAGCAUGAAAUAAACACUCUAAGAGCCCAGGAAAAACAUGGCCUUCAACCUGCUCUGCUUGUACAUUGGGCAAAAUGCCUUCAGAAAACGGGCAGCAGUCUUAAUUCUUUUUAUGAUCAACGAGAAUACAUAGGGAGAAGUGUUCAUUAUUGGAAGAAAGUUUUGCCAUUGUUGAAGAUAAUAAAAAAGAAGAACAGUAUUCCUGAACCUAUUGAUCCUCUGUUUAAACAUUUUCAUAGUGUAGACAUUCAGGCAUCAGAAAUUGUUGAAUAUGAAGAAGACGCACACAUAACUUUUGCUAUAUUGGAUGCAGUAAAUGGAAAUAUAGAAGAUGCUAUGACUGCGUUUGAAUCUAUAAAAAGCGUUGUUUCUUAUUGGAAUCUUGCACUGAUUUUUCACAGGAAGGCAGAAGACAUUGAAAAUGAUGCCCUUUCUCCUGAAGAACAAGAAGAAUGCAAAAAUUAUCUGAGAAAGACCAGGGACUACCUAAUAAAGAUUUUAGAUGACAGUGAUUCAAAUCUUUCAGUGGUCAAGAAAUUGCCUGUGCCCCUGGAGUCUGUAAAAGAGAUGCUUAAUUCAGUCAUGCAGGAACUCGAAGACUAUAGUGAAGGAGGUCCUCUUUAUAAAAAUGGUUCUUUGCGAAAUGCAGAUUCAGAAAUAAAACAUUCUACACCGUCUCCUACCAAAUAUUCACUAUCACCAAGUAAAAGUUACAAGUAUUCUCCCAAAACACCACCUCGAUGGGCAGAAGAUCAGAAUUCUUUAUUGAAAAUGAUUUGCCAACAAGUAGAGGCCAUUAAGAAAGAAAUGCAGGAGUUGAAACUAAAUAGCAGUAACUCAGCAUCCCCUCAUCGUUGGCCCACAGAGAAUUAUGGACCAGACUCAGUGCCUGAUGGAUAUCAGGGGUCACAGACAUUUCAUGGGGCUCCACUAACAGUUGCAACUACUGGCCCUUCAGUAUAUUAUAGUCAGUCACCAGCAUAUAAUUCCCAGUAUCUUCUCAGACCAGCAGCUAAUGUUACUCCCACAAAGGGCCCAGUCUAUGGCAUGAAUAGGCUUCCACCCCAACAGCAUAUUUAUGCCUAUCCGCAACAGAUGCACACACUACCAGUGCAAAGCUCAUCUGCUUGUAUGUUCUCUCAGGAGAUGUAUGGUCCUCCUGCAUUGCGUUUUGAGUCUCCUGCAACAGGAAUUCUAUUGCCCAGGGGUGAUGAUUACUUUAAUUACAAUGUUCAACAGACAAGCACUAAUCCACCUUUGCCAGAACCAGGAUAUUUCACAAAACCUCCAAUUGCAGCUCAUGCUUCAAGAUCUGCAGAAUCUAAGGCUAUAGAAUUUGGGAAAACUAAUUUGGUUCAGCCCAUGCCGGGUGAAGGAAUAAGGCCAUCUUUGCCAACACCAGCACACACAACACAGCCAACUCCUUUUAAAUUUAACUCAAAUUUCAAAUCAAAUGAUGGUGACUUCACGUUUUCCUCACCACAGGUUGUGACGCAGCCCCCUCCUGCAGCUUACAGUAACAGUGAAAGCCUUUUAGGUCUCCUGACUUCAGAUAAACCCUUGCAAGGAGAUGGCUAUAGUGGACCCAAACCAAUUCCUGGUUGUCAAAACACUGGGCCUCGAAAUACAUUCAAUUUUGGAAGCAAAAAUGUGUCUGGAAUUUCAUUUACAGAAAACAUGGGGUCGAGUCAGCAAAAGAAUUCUGGUUUUCGGCGAAGUGAUGAUAUGUUUACUUUCCAUGGUCCAGGGAAAUCAGUAUUUGGAACACCCACUUUAGAGACAGCAAACAAGAAUCAUGAGACAGAUGGAGGAAGUGCCCAUGGGGAUGAUGAUGAUGACGGUCCUCACUUUGAGCCUGUAGUACCUCUUCCUGAUAAGAUUGAAGUAAAAACUGGUGAGGAAGAUGAAGAAGAAUUCUUUUGCAACCGCGCGAAAUUGUUUCGUUUUGAUGUAGAAUCCAAAGAAUGGAAGGAACGUGGGAUUGGCAAUGUAAAAAUACUGAGGCAUAAAACAUCUGGUAAAAUUCGCCUUCUAAUGAGACGAGAGCAAGUAUUGAAAAUCUGUGCAAAUCAUUACAUCAGUCCAGAUAUGAAAUUGACACUAAAUGCUGGAUCAGACAGAUCAUUUGUAUGGCAUGCCCUUGAUUAUGCAGAUGAGUUGCCAAAACCAGAACAACUUGCUAUUAGGUUCAAAACUCCUGAGGAAGCAGCACUUUUUAAGUGCAAGUUUGAAGAAGCCCAGAGCAUUUUAAAAGCCCCAGGAACAAAUGUAGCCACAGCAUCAAAUCAGGCUGUCAGAAUUGUAAAAGAACCCACAAGUCAUGACAACAAGGAUAUUUGCAAAUCUGAUGCUGGAAACAUGAAUUUUGAAUUUCAAGUUGCAAAGAAAGAAGGGUCUUGGUGGCAUUGUAACAGCUGCUCAUUAAAGAAUGCUGCAACUGCUAAGAAAUGUGUAUCAUGCCAAAAUCUAAACCCAAGCAAUAAAGAGCUUGUUGGCCCACCAUUAGCUGAAACUGUUUUUACUCCUAAAACCGGCCCAGAGAAUGUUCAAGAUCGAUUUGCAUUGGUGACUCCAAAGAAAGAAGGUCACUGGGAUUGCAGUAUUUGUUUAGUAAGAAAUGAACCUACUGUAUCUAGGUGCAUUGCGUGUCAGAAUACAAAAUCUGCUAACAAAAGUGGAUCUUCAUUUGUUCAUCAAGCUUCAUUUAAAUUUGGCCAGGGAGAUCUUCCUAAACCUGUUAACAGUGAUUUCAGAUCUGUUUUUUCUACAAAGGAAGGACAGUGGGAUUGCAGUGUAUGUUUGGUACAAAAUGAGGGGAGCUCUACAAAAUGUACUGCUUGUCAGAAUCCGAGAAAACAGAGUCUACCUGCUACUUCUAUUCCAACACCUGCCUCUUUUAAGUUUGGUACUUCGGAGACAAGUAAAACUCCAAAAAGUGGAUUUGAGGACAUGUUUGCUAAGAAGGAAGGACAGUGGGAUUGCAGUUCAUGCUUAGUGCGAAAUGAAGCAAAUGCUACAAGAUGUGUUGCUUGUGAGAAUCCGGAUAAACCAAGUCCAUCUACUUCUGUUCCAGCUCCUGCCUCUUUUAAGUUUGGUACUUCAGAGACAAGCAAGGCUCCAAAGAGCGGAUUUGAGGGAAUGUUCACCAAGAAGGAAGGACAGUGGGAUUGCAGUGUGUGCUUAGUAAGAAAUGAAGCCAGUGCUACCAAAUGUAUUGCUUGUCAGAAUCCAGGUAAACAAAAUCAAACUACUUCUGCAAUUUUAACACCUGCCUCUUCAGAGACAAGCAAGGCUCCAAAGAGCGGAUUUGAGGGAAUGUUCACUAAAAAGGAAGGACAGUGGGAUUGCAGUGUGUGCUUAGUAAGAAAUGAAGCCAGUGCUACCAAAUGUAUUGCUUGUCAGAAUCCAGUAAACAAAAUCAAACUACUUCUGCAUUUAACACUGCCUCUCAGAGAAAGCAAGGCUCCAAAGAGCGGAUUUGAGGGAGUGUUCACUAAGAAGGAAGGACAGUGGGAUUGCAGUGUGUGCUUAGUAAGAAAUGAAGCCAGUGCUACCAAAUGUAUUGCUUGUCAGAAUACAGGUAAACAAAAUCAAACAACUGCAAUUUCAACACCUGCCUCUUCGGAGAUAAGCAAAGCUCCAAAAAGUGGAUUUGAAGGAAUGUUCAUCAAGAAAGGACAGUGGGAUUGUAGUGUUUGCUGUGUACAAAAUGAGAGUUCUUCCUUAAAAUGUGUGCCUUGUGAUGCCUCUAAACCAACUAAUAAACCUAUUGCAGAAGCCCCUUCAGCUUUCACAUUGGGCUUAGAAAUGAAGUUGCAUGACUCUUCUGGAAGUCAGGUGGGAACAGGAUUUAAAAGUAAUUUCUCAGAAAAAGCUUUUAAGUUUGGCAAUACAGAGCAAGGAUUCAAAUUUGGGCAUGUGGAUCAAGAAAAUUCACCUUCAUUUAUGUUUCAGGGUUCUUCUAAUACAGAAUUUAAGUCAACCAAAGUAGGAUUUUCCAUCCCUGUGUCUGCUGAUGGAUUUAAAUUUGGCAUUUCAGAACCAGGAAAUCAAGAAAAGAAAAGUGAAAAGCCUCCUGAAAAUGAUACUGGCUUCCAGGCUCAGGAUAUUAGUAGCCAGAAGAAUGGUAGUGGUGUGAUUUUUGGGCAAACAAGUAGCACUUUUACAUUUGCAGAUCUUGCAAAAUCAACUUCAGGAGAAGGAUUUCAGUUUGGCAAAAAAGACCCCGAUUUCAAGGGAUUUUCAGGUGCUGGAGAAAAAUUGUCACAAUGCGGUAAAAUGGCCAAUAAAGCAAACACUUCUGGUGACUUUGAGAAAGAUGAUGGUGCCUAUAAGACUGAGGACAGCGAUGACAUCCAUUUUGAACCAGUAGUUCAAAUGCCUGAAAAAGUAGAACUUGUAACAGGAGAAGAAGAUGAAAAAGUUCUGUAUUCACAGCGGGUAAAACUAUUUAGAUUUGAUGCUGAGAUAAGUCAGUGGAAAGAAAGGGGCUUGGGGAACUUAAAAAUUCUCAAAAAUGAGGUCAAUGGCAAACUAAGAAUGCUGAUGCGAAGAGAACAAGUACUAAAAGUGUGUGCUAAUCAUUGGAUAACGACUACAAUGAACCUGAAGCCUCUCUCUGGAUCAGACAGAGCAUGGAUGUGGUUAGCCAGUGAUUUCUCUGAUGGUGAUGCUAAACUAGAGCAGUUGGCAGCAAAAUUUAAAACACCAGAGCUGGCUGAAGAAUUCAAGCAAAAAUUUGAGGAAUGCCAGCGGCUUCUGUUAGACAUACCACUUCAAACUCCCCAUAAACUUGUAGAUACUGGCAGAGCUGCCAAGUUAAUACAGAGAGCUGAAGAAAUGAAGAGUGGACUGAAAGAUUUCAAAACAUUUUUGACGAAUGAUCAAACAAAAGUCACUGAGGAAGAGAGUAAGAGUUCAGGUACAGCUGCAGCUGGUGCCUCAGACACAACAAUAAAACCCAAUCCUGAAAACACUGGGCCCACAUUAGAAUGGGAUAACUAUGAUUUAAGGGAAGAUGCUUUGGAUGCUAGUGUUAGUAGUAGCUCAGUACAUGCUUCUCCACUGGCAAGUAGCCCUGUGAGAAAAAAUCUUUUCCGCUUUGGUGAGUCAACAACAGGAUUUAACUUCAGUUUUAAAUCUGCUUUGAGUCCAUCUAAGUCUCCUGCCAAGUUGAAUCAGAGUGGGACUUCAGUUGGCACUGAUGAAGAAUCUGAUGUUACUCAAGAAGAAGAGAGAGAUGGACAGUACUUUGAACCUGUUGUUCCUUUACCUGAUCUAGUUGAAGUAUCCAGUGGUGAGGAAAAUGAACAAGUUGUUUUUAGUCACAGGGCAAAACUCUACAGAUACGAUAAAGAUGUUGGUCAGUGGAAAGAAAGGGGCAUUGGUGAUAUAAAGAUUUUACAGAAUUAUGAUAAUAAGCAAGUUCGUAUAGUGAUGAGAAGGGACCAAGUAUUAAAACUUUGUGCCAAUCACAGAAUAACUCCAGACAUGACUUUGCAAAAUAUGAAAGGGACAGAAAGAGUAUGGGUGUGGACUGCAUGUGAUUUUGCAGAUGGAGAAAGAAAAGUAGAGCAUUUAGCUGUUCGUUUUAAACUACAGGAUGUUGCAGACUCGUUUAAGAAAAUUUUUGAUGAAGCAAAAGCAGCCCAGGAAAAAGAUUCUUUGAUAACACCUCAUGUUUCUCGGUCAAGCACUCCCAGAGAGUCACCAUGUGGCAAAAUUGCUGUAGCUGUAUUAGAAGAAACCACAAGAGAGAGGACAGAUGUUAUUCAGGGUGAUGAUGUAGCAGAUGCAACUUCAGAAGUUGAAGUGUCUAGCACAUCUGAAACAACAACAAAAGCAGUGGUUUCUCCUCCAAAGUUUGUAUUUGGUUCAGAGUCUGUUAAAAGCAUUUUUGGUAGUGAAAAAUCAAAACCAUUUGCAUUUGGCAACAGUUCAGCCACUGGGUCUUUGUUUGGAUUUAGUUUUAAUGCACCUUUGAAAAGUAACAAUAGUGAAACUAGUUCAGUAGCCCAGAGUGGAUCUGAAAGCAAAGCGGAACCUGACAAAUGUGAACUGUCAAAGAACUCUGAUAUCGAACAGUCUUCAGAUAGCAAAGUCAAAAAUCUCUUUGCUUCCUUUCCAACGGAAGAAUCUUCAAUCAACCACACAUUUAAAACACCAGAAAAGGCAAAAGAGAAGAAAAAACCUGAAGAUUCCCCCUCAGAUGAUGAUGUUCUCAUUGUAUAUGAACUAACUCCAACCACUGAGCAGAAAGCCCUUGCAACCAAACUUAAACUUCCUCCAACUUUCUUCUGCUACAAGAAUAGACCAGAUUAUGUCAGUGAAGAAGAGGAGGAUGAUGAAGAUUUCGAAACAGCUGUCAAGAAACUUAAUGGAAAACUAUAUUUGGAUGGCUCAGAAAAAUGUAGACCCUUGGAAGAAAAUACAGCAGAUAAUGAGAAAGAAUGUAUCAUUGUUUGGGAAAAGAAACCAACAGUUGAAGAGAAGGCAAAAGCAGAUACGUUAAAACUUCCACCUACAUUUUUUUGUGGAGUCUGUAGUGAUACUGAUGAAGACAAUGGAAAUGGGGAAGACUUUCAAUCAGAGCUUCAAAAAGUUCAGGAAGCUCAAAAAUCUCAGACAGAAGAAAUAACUAGCACAACUGACAGUGUAUAUACAGGUGGGACUGAAGUGAUGGUACCUUCUUUCUGUAAAUCUGAAGAACCUGAUUCUAUUACCAAAUCCAUUAGUUCACCAUCUGUUUCCUCUGAAACUGUGGACAAACCUGUAGAUUUGUCAACUAGAAAGGAAAUUGAUACAAAUUCUACAAGCCAAGGGGAAAGCAAAAUAGUUUCAUUUGGAUUUGGAAGUAGCACAGGGCUCUCACUUGCAGACUUGGCUUCCAGUAAUUCUGGAGAUUUUGCUUUUGGUUCUAAAGAUAAAAAUUUCCAGUGGGCAAAUACUGGAGCGGCUGUGUUUGGAACACAGUCAGUCGGAACCCAGUCAGCCAGUAAAGUUGGUGAAGAUGAAGAUGGUAGUGAUGAAGAAGUAGUUCAUAAUGAAGAUAUCCAUUUUGAACCAAUAGUGUCUCUACCAGAGGUAGAAGUAAAAUCUGGAGAAGAAGAUGAAGAAAUUUUGUUUAAAGAGAGAGCCAAACUUUAUAGAUGGGAUCGGGAUGUCAGUCAGUGGAAGGAGCGUGGUGUUGGAGAUAUAAAGAUUCUUUGGCAUACAAUGAAGAAUUAUUACCGGAUCCUAAUGAGAAGAGACCAGGUUUUUAAAGUGUGUGCAAACCACGUUAUUACUAAAACAAUGGAAUUAAAGCCCUUAAAUGUUUCAAAUAAUGCUUUAGUUUGGACUGCCUCAGAUUAUGCUGAUGGAGAAGCAAAAGUAGAACAGCUUGCAGUGAGAUUUAAAACUAAGGAAGUAGCUGAUUGUUUCAAGAAAACAUUUGAAGAAUGUCAGCAGAAUUUAAUGAAACUCCAGAAAGGACAUGUAUCACUGGCAGCAGAAUUAUCAAAGGAGACCAAUCCUGUGGUGUUUUUCGAUGUUUGUGCGGACAGUGAACCUCUAGGGCGGAUAACUAUGGAAUUAUUUUCGAACAUUGUUCCUCGGACUGCUGAGAACUUCAGAGCACUAUGCACUGGAGAGAAAGGCUUUGGUUUCAAGAAUUCCAUUUUUCACAGAGUAAUUCCAGAUUUUAUUUGCCAAGGAGGAGAUAUCACCAAACAUGAUGGAACAGGUGGACAGUCCAUUUAUGGAGACAAAUUUGAAGAUGAAAAUUUUGAUGUGAAACAUACUGGUCCUGGUUUGCUAUCCAUGGCCAAUCAAGGCCAGAAUACCAAUAAUUCUCAAUUUUUUAUAACACUGACAAAAGCAGAAGAUUUGGACUUUAAGCAUGUAGUAUUUGGGUUUGUUAAGGAUGGCAUGGAUACUGUGAAAAGGAUUGAAUCAUUUGGUUCUCCCAAAGGGUCUGUUUGUCGAAGAAUAACUAUCACAGAAUGUGGACAGAUAUAAAAUCAUUUUUUUCAUAGAAAAUUUCAUCUGUAUAAGCAGUUGGAUUGAAGCUUAGCUAUUACAAUUUGAUAAUUAUGUUCAGCUUUUGAAAAUGGACGUUUCCAAUGUACAAAUGUAAAAUUGCAGCUUAUAGCUGUUGUCACUUUUUAAUGUGCUAUAAUUGACCUUGCAUGGUGUGAAAUAAAAGUUUAAACACUGGUGUAUUUCAGGUGUACUUGUGUUUAUGUACUCCUGACAUAUUUGUAUUAAAAUGGAAUAAUACUAAUCUUGUUAAAAGCAAUAGAGCUUCUCAAACUAUUCAAGGAAUAUGAUAUAUGCAAUUUAAUUUUAAUUCCUUUUAAGAUAUUUGGACUUCCUGCAUGGAUAUACUUACCAUUUGAAUAAAGGGACCACAACUUGGAUAAUUUUAUUUUAGAUUUGAAAUAGAUUUGUUAAUGUUAACUAUUGGUGUACUCAUUUAUGCAUAGAGACUCGUUUAUGAAUGGGUAGAGCCACAGAACGUAUAGAGUUAACCAAAGUGCUCUUCUCUAGAAUCUUUACACCUCCUGUGUGGUUACAAGUUAACUUUGUAAGUAGCGUACCUUCCUUAAAAUACCUAGCUUCCUAUGCCCUUUCAUAGGUAUUCAAUUAAUUUUUACAUUUUAAACAAGUUGACUAUUUCCUUUAGAGGUUUUGUUUUAAAUUUUUCUGUCAUCUGUCUCUACUACCUCAGAAACUGCAGCUUGGUUCUGAUGAUAGAAAUUGAAUUUUUCCGUGUAGUUAUUGUGAUAAAGUAUGAAUAUUUUUAGAAAGUCUAUACCAUGUUCUUUAAAGAUUUGCUUUAUACAAGAUUGUUGCAGUACCUUUUUCUGGUAAAUUUUGUAGCAGAAAUAAAAUGACAAUUCCUAAGAGCCACUGACAUUCAAAAAAUUCAUUACUUAUGCUUCGGGUUCAUUCUAGUCUAAAGUAAGGAAGACAAUUCAAAGGCAGUAAAUUCAAACUGCCACAUGAUUUCCAGAGCUCCUAGUUUCUCAAGUUUGAUACACACUGAAAACGUAUUUGGAAAUGGCUUGUAUCAAAUGUUAGGCAAAUUGCUAAAGAAAAGAGGAUGUUCUUAUUGGCCUACUCAAUAUGGAACUACAAAGAAUCCAGGUAGAACACAAAAUUUUGUAUAUUGCAAUUAUGAAUAUUGACUGUCUUCCACCCAUCUGUGUUCUUUGUGGUGAAAUUACCUCAUUUUAUUUAGAGAGGAAAGACAGGUUUAUUCCCUGUUAUAUGGGGAUUUGGAAAUUGGGUAUCCUAAAGCAAGUAACUGUUCAACCACCAGUCAAAAGAGGGGAGGGAUGUUGUGCGGGUAAUGAGUGAUGGUAUACCAUCACCAUUCCACUCGGCCACAAAGCCAGAUACCUGAAAUAAACCUACUCCAAAUGUAUCAGUUCAGUCUUGAACCAUGGAUUAUAUAUGUUUACACUAAAUAUUUCAAAUUGGCUUAUUUGGAAAUCUAUGUAAUAUAAACUGAUGUAAAGUGUGUUGUAACUUUUCAGCCGAGACAGUUGAUGCCUUCGUCAUGAUUUUAGAAUAAAUUCUUAAGUUAAUGCAAGUGUUUUUUAAAAGACUUUUUACAGAUUUCUAUGCUUUCCUAAAGCAUUAAAGUUAUGAAUUAAAAAACUUUAAAAAUUUUGACCAAAAAUUUGACAAAAUGACAUGUAAACUGACUUUUCCAGUGUUAGUAUUCCAAAGAUGCUUAAAAGUGGCUUGUGGCAUUUAUGAGAAAGUCUUUGUGUCACAUUUCAGGAAAGGACUUUGAUUUCUCUUUGUUAUUUAAUCACUGAUGUGGUCUAAAGCCACGAUGAUAUGUAUCUUUCCAUUUAAACUGGAUUUUACAUUGUCUCAUUAAAAUCUGCUUAAAGAUAGAAUAAAAUUCAUUAUUUGUA